AUGCAAGGAGGACCUUGGCAGGGCUGUGCGCGGUUAUGCGAGUCGGGGCGCGGUGGGACGGGACGGGGUGGCGGGGUGGAGCGGGGCGGGCGCCCCGGAGAGGCGGCGGUGGCGUCUGCCGAUCGCUGUGGCAGGGAGACGCACGUCAUUUCACAACUGGUCGAGUUCUUCGUCGAUGACGAGGGCCUACGAAACCAGGCCACCUGCCCUCCCACACCGCCUUGCCGCAUCUCCGUGUGGCCACUGCCCUCUCGGUCUCCAUUAGCCCUGCCUGCACCUCCCGCGCCUCGGCCGCCGCCCCCUCCCCUGCGGUAUCUGCAAGUGCACAAGCGCGCCGCGGGGGAGUGGUGGGGCCGGUUUGAGCGGAUGCGCGAU